ACUCUAAGCUUUAGAAACUGAUGAGAGAAAAAGGGGAGACGAGGUGUGCGACAAAGUAGUACUUUCCGCACAUGUUAUGAAAAUAACCAUUCUAUUUUAAUUAUCGAUGAGGCCACUAAUGAUAACCAAAAAAAAGAUUAUUUCGAAAUUCAGUGCACAAAAAAUUUAACCUCACUUUAGAGGUUCAAAAUUCAAAACGCGAUCAUGUCAACAAAACUGAAAUUGUAUAUUGGAAGAAAGUAAUUUUCAGAUUAUAGAAUGUUUUAAAAAACCAACCACUUUCACACCGACAGAGCUCCUACCAUGGAUUCAUAUAGGAAAAGGAGACAACGAAAAGAAUAUAGAAAUGGCUAUACCUCUAGACAUUUUAGAAAAAAAUCUUGGAAUCACGAAUAUCUCAGAGAUUUUGAAAAUACAACCUGAUGAUAUAAUUAAAAAUAUAUCUCUUGCAAAUAAUAGGGCGAACAGGAAAUUGCAGUUUCAAAUAGAAAGAAACAUUUUCAUCAAAGACGUAUUAGAGAAUUCCGCUAAGCCUGAUUUCAAUUUGAAACCAAAGACAAUAGUUUUUGAAUAUAGUUCGCCGAAUAUCGCCAAACCGUUUCAUUUUGGUCAUCUCAGAUCUACCAUGAUUGGGAAUUUCCUUAGCAACCUCAAUAAAUUUUUGUACAAUAAAGUCACCAGACUGAACUACUUAGGAGACUGGGGUACACAAUUUGGUUUCAUAAAAGUCGGUAUUGAGGAAUUGAACUAUAGUAAAGAGGAUAUCAAAAAUAGUCCCCUCAAGUUAUUAUACGAGUCAUAUGUUUAUGCAAAUAAAUUAUCUGAGAAAGAUUCUGGUGUUUCUGAAAGAGCUAAAAUAGAAUUCAAUAAAUUAGAGAGUGGGACUCCUGAAUUGCUAGAUAUUUGGAAGGAAUACAUGGGUUAUACAAAAGAUGAAUUAGAAGUCAUGUACAGGAGACUUGGUGUUGAAUUUGACGAAUACUAUUAUGAAUCAAUGUACAGUGCUAAUAAUAUAAAGGACGUUAUCGAUAAAUUACAAAUGAAAAAAGUAAUUCGGAAAGAUUCUGAUGGAAAGCUUAUUGUUUCUCUUGAUAAAAAAAUAGUUCCUAUUGUUAAAAGUGAUGGGUCUACAUUGUACAUUACUCGAGACAUUGCUGCAGCUAUAGACAGAUUCAACAAAUAUAAAUUUGAUAAAAUGUACUAUAUCGUCGAUAAUAGUCAGAGUGAACAUUUCAAAACGUUAAAAGAAAUGUUGUAUCGUCUUGAUCUACCAUGGGCCAAUCGUUUACAUCAUGUCAAGUUUGGGAGAAUCAGGGGUAUGAGUACAAGAAAAGGAAAUGCGGUAUUUCUGAAAGAUAUUCUAGAUGAGUGCAGGGAAAUGGUGAUACAACAACAAAUUGCUUCGCCAACCACUAAAGUACCUAUUAAUGAUGAUGAAACAUCUGAUGUUCUGGGUGUCUCUUGUGUUAUUAUAAAUGAUUUAAAACAGAGGAGGCAGAAAGAUUACGAAUUUGCAUGGGAUAAAAUAUUGCAAGUUCAAGGAGACACUGGAAUCAAACUACAAUACACCCACUGCCGACUUCAUAGCUUAGAAGAAAACUGUGGUGUUAAAAUGCCCCGACAGCUCGUUCCCGAAAUAAUUAUAGAGCCUGAAGCAAUUAAUCUGAUAAAAUUGAUGGCGAAAUUCCAAGAUGUUUUAUACGAAACAGAAGAAAAAUUCGAAGCUUGUAUUUUGGUGACCUAUUUGUUCCAUCUUUGCAACCACAUAAGUAAAUGUUUAAAAGUGCUCAAAAUUAAAGGUGUUGACCCCGACGUGGGAUCCCAAAGACUGUUAUUAUUUGUCAAAGCUCGUGAAGUACUUCAUGCCGGAAUGUCUAUAGUUGGAUUGAAGCCUUUAACGAAAAUGUAACCUUCCAAAUACAAUUUCAGUUAUA